CACCUUCUUGUUGUAAUUAUCAAAAUCCUUAAUAACAUUUGCAUGAUAAAACCAACCUAUCCAGGAGAAGAGAAAUCAAACAACUUGCAGAAAAAACUGAGUCAUGAAAAUUAUGAGCUUAUUAUUUGUUGUAUUCAUCCUGGUGGAAUUUAUUUCACCAAUUGUCUCAAUAGAAGAUCAUGCAAGGGACCUUCUUGCAGCCACCGAUGAGAUGCAAAGAGCAAAUUACUUCACAUUUGUAAUGUUAAUCAAAAUGUCUCCACCUGACACAAGACUCGAAGGAAACGUGACAUUCUUAAUGCCAAAUGAUCGAAUGCUCGCAAAUGUGACGCUUCAAGAAGAAUCUGUUUCUAAAUUCUUGUUAAGACAUUCAAUUCCAUCACCUCUACUCUUUGACACCUUGAAACAAUUUCCUAGUGGCACAACCGUUCCUAGUUUAUUGCCAAAUUGCAUAAUGAGAAUAUCUAACAAUGGUAGGAAGAAUUUUGUUGUCAACAAUGUAAAGAUUAUUAGCCCAAACAUAUGUGUGUCUGGAUCUUCAAUUCGAUGUCAUGGUAUAGAUGGGGUCUUGUCACAAACAUGUACAUUAGAGAAUAACCAUAACCAUGGUGUUCCUAUACCUCCACCCCAAUACAACAACACAAACACUUCUUGUGAAGCAUCACCUCCAAUUCCAUCUCCUUCGUUCCCUUCGCCUCCUUAUACCGGAGACAACAUUAACCCUCCUAUAUGGAUUGCCCCCAGUCCAACCAUUUCAAAUGGUGAAAGACAUGAAUAUUCAGGAUCUCCUCGUUGGUUUUUUUAUGAUGCAUAUUUGAUAUUUAUAGUGUGCCUCAUGUUUUCUUUCCUAUGAAUGUAUUUGUGACCUACUUGAUUUCUACACUAGUAUUGUAAUGAUUUGUUUUCUUUCUUCUUUGUGUUAAAAUUAGUUUCAUUGUUAUUUAUUUGUCAACAUAAUUAUGAAAUGGUAAAAUGAUUGGAUUGUAUUGAA